AUGGCUAGUUAUGUCACUAUGAGUUCAACAGGACAAUCAGAUGAAACUAUGGACGAUGAUAUUGAUGACAAAGAUGACACAAAGAGAAAAUCACGAAAUUUAAGUGAGAAAAAAAGAAGAGAUCAAUUUAAUAUGCUGGUCAAUGAGUUGGGCAGUAUGGUCAGUACCAAUACACGUAAAAUGGAUAAAUCCACGGUAUUAAAAUCAACAAUAUCGUUUUUAAAAAAUCAUAAUGAGUUAUCAGUACGAUCUCGCGCCCAUGAGAUCCAAGAAGACUGGAAACCAUCCUUCCUUUCCAACGAAGAAUUCACGCACUUAAUCCUCGAGGCUUUAGACGGUUUUAUAAUGAUCUUCUCCUCAAAUGGUCGCAUUUAUUACGCAUCUGAGAGCGUGACUUCACUAUUGGGCUACCUUCCCAGCGAACUGACCAACUCGACAAUCUACGAGAUAACUUACGAAGAAGACCAAUCUCUCCUUUACAACGUCCUCCUGAACCCCAGUCCAAUUUUAGACCACCAACAAAUCAAAGAAGAACACCAAGUCUCCUUUACUUGCCACAUAAAACGAGGUAACCUCGAUCUCCAAGAAGAACCUACCUACGAACUGAUCCGCUUCGUUGGAUACUUUCGUUCCAGCUCUGAUAUCGAGUCUCUUUUGCCCAGCAGCCGGUAUUCCACGAACCCCAGCGACUCUAAAGUAAUUUUCAUUGGCACUGGUCGCCUCCUAACUCCCCAUCUAAUCCAAUACAUGUCAUUAAUCGACAACACCAAGCUAGAGUUCACUUCUCGUCACAGUUUAGAGUGGAAAUUUCUCUUCCUGGACCACCGAGCGCCUCCAAUAAUCGGAUACUUACCUUUUGAGGUUCUUGGAACUUCUGGAUACGAUUACUACCACGUAGACGACCUGGACAAAGUUGUCUCUUGCCACGAAUCUCUGAUGCAAAAAGGCGAAGGGACUUCUUGUCACUACAGAUUUCUCACCAAAGGACAGCAGUGGAUCUGGCUUCAAACUCGAUUUUAUAUUGACUACAACCAAUGGAAUUCUAAACCAGAAUUCAUCGCUUGUACUCACAAAGUCGUCAGUUACGCUGAAGUUUUAAAGCAGUUGAAGAAACUGAAGGAUCUUCCGAGCCAAGAAGCUGCUGAGUCGACAACUGCACCAAUUAUUACACCCUCUACAAGACAAACAAGAUCAACUUGGUCUCCAAAAUCUGGAAGGAAUAAAAUUUCACAGAAUAUUUAUCGAGGAACUGAAUCAGAUACUACUUCUCUGUCUGUUGGGUCUCAGAGUUCUAGACAAUCCGUUUCGACGUCUCAUAGCCCGAAAACUAAAAUUCCACUUACUGCUAAGAUUACGCUGCUUAAUGAUCAAGCAUCUGGAAUGGUCAGUGGACCAGGAUCUGGUCCUGGUCAAGGACAAAGAAAGCAAGCUCCUGGAAUUGGAGUUAAUUCUGUUAACUCUGGAAGGCAGGGCGUAGAAUUAAGAAGAGAAGACAUGAGCAAUAAUUAUAUUGAACCUCAUUAUGUGGAGCCGAUGAUUUCUGUGCUACCUACGACGAGUUUUGUAACACCAGCGCCGGUAACAGUGACUUUACCCAGCGCGAUGAUAGUCGACCCGCAGUCAAUAAAUUCGACGAUAUCGCAGAAUCAAAUGCAGACAGAGUUGCAGAGGAAACAUGAAGAGCUUCAGCAGCUGAUAGUACAUCAGCAGGAAGAACUUAGGCGAGUUUCCGAGCAAUUGUUGAUCGCUAGAUACGGAAUUUUGUCCCCGUUGAUCAAUGUUAGUGUAUCGGCUUACAACGCGGUCGGUGGGGUAGGGACUGUUAAUGUGAGUGGUGGUUCUUGUCAAGUUGCGGAAGAAAGAACUGAGGAUACUGGUGUUCCCGAUGUGAGCAUGAAUGUCCUUCCGGUACCGGUCAGUGUACCAGUUCCUAUUCUACCGAUGGCGACUUUUCCCCACUCGCCGGCAGUGAUACCCGUCGCGCCGAUUGUUAUUCCCUCCCAGGUACCGGAAGCAUCAGCUCGGCCCUUUAUUGGUCAACAGAAGACGCAAAGACAAGAAGGAAUCCCUCAAACGCAAACUCAAGGCCUUGCUGAUACGGAGAUGAUGAAUUUUUCGAUUCAGCCGGAUAUUAUUUAUAAUAAUGUUGAGCCGAGAAGCUCUCAUAGGUCUAUGAUUAAUCAAUGA